CCAGACCUCACGGAGGGGGAGUUGGCCGACCUCGAAGAUGAGGACGAGACGCACCCCAAGAAUCCCUGUUCUGAGGAAAUAAAGGAUCUGUUGCGACUGUUCCACAGAAGACUGAUGGAUUGUCUAGGAGUUGUGCGUCCAGAAAUUGAAGUUAACUGGGAUUACGAGGCAGUCCUCCGGGCCUGGCAAGAAACCACCGAUCCCGCUGCCUUGAAACAACAGCAAUACAGGGGUCUGACUAUGGUAUCUGGGCCUUCCGGUGACAAAGCUGUGGCAUUCCCAUUGCCGGUAGCGUCAUCUCCAACUCCCUCGACCACAACCACCACUACCACCGUCAGUGGAUCGCAGGGCAAUUUGGAUGACCUCUCACAGAUCCCCCUCCUGCCCGACGAUAUUGGCGACCCCGAGUCCGGUUUCGGCGGACCUCCGAGGGCUGUGCGCGCCAUUUGGCACUUGUUGAGUGGAUCCCAGUCGUCUGCUCCCAAACCGAGUCAGCUGGCUUUGGGUCCUAUCAAUGAACCAUUCACAGAAUCUCCCGGACAUAAUCUUACGCGCAUCGUCUUGGAGACAGUUACCAUGUGGACAAAAACGUCUACCGUCGAGGAUGUUGAGCUGAUAAGACAACUGUUCUCCCUCCUCUAUCGUCAGUAUGGAGCUCUGGAUGAACUUCGUGAGGGGCUUCAACGCACCUACACCAUUGGCUACGCGUCAAAGGGAGAUGUGACCAGACUCCUGCGUUCCCUUGGUCGCAUCCGUUCUCUACUCGGUGUGCAGGUUGGCAGCAACGAGGAGACGCUUCUGAAGAACUGUCUUUGGGAUAUCAUGAACAACAACGUUUUCUUCCAACAUCCUGAUCUCAUUCGAGUCCUGGCAGUACACGAGACUGUAAUGCAACUGAUGGUGCACACCCUGUCUAACGCGGCGCUUGAGUCACCGCAAAGUUCCGCUCAUCAGAACUCUGGCUCAGAACUUCAACUUCAGCAAGGCACUGACAGUGGUGGGCGUCCCUCGCCUGGACCAUACUCGGGUGGCGGAACCCUACCGGCAGUUAUGGAGGAGGCGGAAGACGUAUCAAGUACACAAAUGCGUAGCGGAUCCCAGCGUUCAGCGACCGUUGGAUCGACGGAGAUGGUGGUGCAGUGUUGUCGUUUCCUCUGCUACUUCUGUAGAACCUCCUGGCAAAACCAAAAGGCCAUGUUUGAUCAUCUCAGCUACAUGCUUGAAAACUCUUCUAUGUUGCUGGGUAGGUUGCUGACUCGACCCAGCCUAAGAGGAACCUGCCCGCUGGACGUCGCCUAUUCCUCUCUGAUGGACAAUAACGAGCUUGCUCUUGCUCUGAGAGAAAAACAAUUGGAAAAGUCACCUUACGAGGCUUUUUUCAGGUUAUUCUGUUGGGUCUAUGAGACUGCAACAAACUGCGGCUGGAAUGAUUAA